AUGAUAUACCAGGACGAUCUGGAAGACUCAGGAACAGGACCGGGAGAAGACCAAGAACCGAGCCAAGGAGAGUCAACGCUAAACGAAAUGCAGGGUGAUCAACCGCCGGCCCUGACGCCGAACCCCGUAAGACUCAGGGUGCCGCCAUUUUGCCCAGAACGACCAGCGCUCUGGUUCGCGCAACAGGAAGCGCAAUUUCGAACGCAGGGUAUUGUAACGGAAAUCGGCCGAUACUACCACACGAUAUCGAACAUACCAACGCGUUACGCCGCGGAGGUAGAAAAUCUUAUCGUCACGCCCCCGGUAACCCUUCCGUACCAAGCGCUAAAAAUAGCAUUGAUCGCGCGUUUUUCUCAAUCGAGAGAAGCAAAAAUUUUACAGCUCCUCGACCGCAAAAGCCUUGGUGAUCGCACACCAUCAGCGCAUUUACGCCAUCUGCGUAGCCUCGUCCCUGACAUAGACGAGGAAAUUCUUAAAGCACGCUGGCUAUCACAUCUCCCCGAAAAUAUUAGAAUUUGCCUCGUGGCACAAAACAAAUUAACGCUCACCGAGCUAAGCGAGACAGCCGAUCGCGUACACGAGCAAGUAAACAAAGGCAAUAAUGUUUCGGCGGUAUCAAGCCUCGAAGCUCAAAUAGCCGCACUCACACGUCAAGUCGAACAGCUAUCAAACCAAGGCCGCCGCAAUCAAAACAAAACGAGCAAGAAAAAAGAACGCUCGCGUAGCCGUUCACGCAGCAAGUCGAGUACACGCGGACUCUCACCAACAUCGAACAUAUGUUGGUACCACAAGAAAUUCGGCAAUUCCGCGAAGAAGUGCUUCCCAGCGGGAUGUAAAUUUCCGGGAAACGCCAGCGGGAGUCGUUAA